AUGAAGAGCAGCAUCUCCCUCAGCAUCCCCAACGCCUGGAACCCCAGAAACAGCAUCCCCAGUCGCCAGCAACAAGAGAAACUCCACCAGCAUUUGCAAUUACAGCUUUCGAACACCAGAAUCCCCUCCAACAUCUCCACAACACCAACACCUCCACCACCACAUCCCACCACAGCAGCAUCUCCCCCCCCCCACAGCAGCAUCUCCACCACCACAUCUCCCGCAGCAGCAUCUCCCCCAACACGUCCCCGCAGCGCCUCCGCCACAGGCACCGGGGCGUCACAAAUAAUGCCAAGACACAAGGACGCUCACAACUUAUAUAAUCAUGUGCCACAUAAGAAGAUUAAACUAGCGUUGGAACUGAACUAA